AUGGAAAUGAAUCAGCAACAGACUAAUACAAUAAUUUCGAAGAAAAAAACUACAAAAACUACAAAGAAAAGGAAGAUCAAUGCUAUUAAUGCGAAAACCUCAAAUAAUAAUAACAACCUUAAUGCAGAUACAGACAUAGAUGCUGCUGCAUAUGAUGUCGAAGAAGAAGAAGAAGAAGAAGAAGAAGAAGAAGAAGAUGAAGACAAUUUAUAUGGGAUCUUAAAUACAAGGAACAUCAAACAAGUCCAGUUUGGAUUAGACAAACGAUUCCCCACAUGGUAUGGUAGUAAUGUUUAUUUCAAUCCAGAUACUUUGACCCUUGGUAUUAAUAAUAAUCACAAUAAUCACGCGUCCCAACAUAUCGCUAUCAGUGGUACCUCACCGUCGAGGAAGACGGUACCAUCACACUCUUUACCAACACGCGAUACCAAAACAGUCACAUUUGCUUCUAUCUCAAAGCAGGCGCGAAAUAAAAGGAAACAACAAAGGAAAUUGGUAACAAAUUCAGGCUAUUGGUUAGACACUCUAUACAUAUGUGAAUAUUGUUUCAAAUACACAUCAGAUUCCGACUCACUAGCAUUACACACUUUAAAAUGUCGUUACAAGAACUCACCCCCAGGGAGAAUAAAAUAUAAAAGUACCAAAUAUACCAUCAGAAGAGUAAAAGGAUAUAAACAUAAAUUAUUUUGUCAAUGUCUUUGUCUCUUCACAAAAUUAUUUCUUGAUAACAAAUCCAUGUAUUUCAAAGUAGAUCAUUAUGACUUUUACAUUCUAUAUGAAACAGGGACGAGUACGCCCAACCCGAUGGGAUUCUUCUCGAAGGAUUUGAUAUCUUACAAUAGGAACAAUCUAGCUUGUAUCUUGGUUUUCCCACCGUAUCAAAGAAGGAAAUUGGGAUCAUUAUUGAUUGAAUUUUCAUACAAAUUGUCCAAAUUCGAUAAUAUUACCUCGGGGCCUGAGUUACCAUUGUCACCCUUUGGAUUGAUUGGAUAUUUGAAAUAUUGGUCACAAAUUAUUUGUUGGGAAUUGAUUGAAGGUCAAUUGGCCAAUUUUGAUGGUGUCACGUUGGAGAAUAUUUCUACUGUCACGGGAUUAAGAAUUAAUGAUAUUAUUAUGACUUUGAAACAUUUAGGUUGUAUCGGAGAGAAUAAUCAAAUUAUAUUGAAUGUGCUAAGGACAUGGUUGAAAGCCCAUGAGAUUUCAUUCAUGAUAGAAGAUGAAUAUUUGUUAUUAGAUGAUUGA